AUGGAGAAUAUGCUUCAACAUUCGACAUGCCAGAGCUUUAGGACAUAUUGCAAAGAGCUGAUUGCUAUGAUCAAGGAGUCUCGUGCAUGGCCGAGCUUUGCGACGGAAUUAGAAAGGAUUGAGACUUUGCAGAUAUGUUUCCCGGACUUCAAGAUCAACUAUGUUUCAUGCACGCAAAAUCAGAUUUUAGAUUCUCUACUUAAGACUGCUAGAUCAAAAGUUAAUAUACUGGGCUUGAAUUUAUUGAUCGGUGAGAAGAAAGUCACCUCCAAGUUUCUUCAAACCUCCACCUCCUCUGAGAAAAUGUACAAGAUCGACGACCACGUUGCUUGUGCCGUUGCUGGUAUCAUGUCUGAUGCCAACAUAUUCAUCAACACGGCUCGUGUCCAAGCGCAACGCUACACCUUCAUGUACCAAGAGCCCAUGCCUGUGGAGCAGCUGGUUCAGUUUCUUUGUGACACGAAGCAAUGGUACACGCAGUUCGGUGGUCUUCGUCCCUUUGGAGUGUCUUUUCUUUUUGCAGGGUGGGACAAGAACUAUGGGUUUCAGCUGUAUAUGAGUGAUCCUAGUGGGAACUAUGGUGGUUGGAAAGCUGCGGCUGUUGGAGCAAACAAUCAGGCUGCUCAGUCUAUUCUGAGACAAGACUAUAAGGAUGAUGUGACUUCGGAUGAGCUUGCGUUGAAGGUGGAUAGCACGAGCUUGACGUCUAAGAAGCUUGAGCUUGCUGAGGUGUUUCUGACUCCAUCGGGGAAUGUUAAGUACCAUGUUCACUCUCAUGACUCUCUCACCAAGCUGUGGCCGAAGCAUGGUGUGACUCAACCCGCUGCUGAAACGUCCUGAGCAUGAAACUAUGUAC